ACUAACAGGAAAACAUGGCCGCCGAAAGUUGUGUUUACGUUUCUCACAAAAACUGAAUGACGCAUUUCGUAAAUGAACAAAAUAUGAAUAUGAUAUGAAAUGACAGCCAUUGAUGUAUAACUGGGUUAAUCAACGUAACGUGUUGGAGUAGUUAGUUAGUGUUUUGCAUGAGGCGCCAUCUUGUCAUCAUCUCCGACGUAUCGACAGGUCCAACGGGUCGACAGAGUCAAUGAUCUGUCAAUAACACAGUUCUUUCUUCAACACCUCAUUUUGGCUAUCUUCAGAAAUGACCUUGACAGUGGUCAUGUUGUCAGUGGAUGGAGUUAUAUGAUGUGGUCCAUUAACUUGUCUUUGCAUUAUUAGCUAAGCUUAUUUAUCUAAUUAGACAAAUUAUCAUACACUACAGUUUCAUACCGUUCUGCCAGAAAUAUAUUUUACUACUUUGAGUGUUUCUUUGUAAGCAUAUACAUAACCUUCCAUUUCUCUGUCGAGAAUGAGAUUUGAUAAUUUCCUCAGAAAUGCUUUGAUAUUGUGAACCUGACAGUCUUUCAAUGGCAAGUGACAUACAUGGUCCUUUAGUGCCAAUACAGUCGGCCAACUAUCCAGAUGUGAUGACAGUCCCUGACACUAAUUACAGUAAAGUGUCAUCCGAAUCUGUCAACAGAAAGAAAAGGAGAAAAAAACUCUUACGGAAAAGACAGUCACUGGUGUCUUCUAGUUACACAGAUGUUUCACAUGGAAUAGCAAAUUCAUUUGAAAGUAGUGGAGAAAAUGUUGACACUUAUACCUCAAAAACGAGAUUACCAGGAAUCAAUCGAGCACCAACGCCUAACAGAAUUAAUACGUUGUCAUCACCGAAUCCUCGCCAGCCUGGUCAAGUAGUUUCAUCCCAAGCACAUGAACGUCGGAAAAAAGUACCAUUGCUAGCAGCAAUCAAACCUGAAAAUGAACGUGCAGAAAAGGAACGCUUCAUGAGAGCCAAUUUCAACUAUAACCCACUGUUUAUCUACCGAACGCCAGCUGAACCAGAAGUGCUGAGUAGAUUCACCAGUCCAUCUGACAAGUAUCUGUCUCAGGCCAAGCUCAUCAUGGAGAUAGCUAUACAGCGUUAUGGCAGCUAUGAACUAUUUGAGGAACAGACUGGCGGCCGCAUUCUUACAAGGCCACAGAUUUUGUGUCUUGUCAAGCGUUUCUUAAGGAAGGAGGACCUUGAGUCCGAGAUUUGUCUCAACCUCAGCGAGGACCUCAUCUCACGUGGGUCUAUGACAAGGUCAAAGGGCAAACCAAUGUUGAAUGUACGCGUUGUUAACCUGAGAGAGCAGUGGGCGGAAGGACUGCUCAGACAUGAGAUUGGAACCCAUUAUCUGCGUAGUCUGAACAACCGCUACCAGCCCUGGAACAACUUCAAGACAAGACGAGAGCUAGGUCUAAAACCUCUCAACCCUACGGAGGAGGGGCUUGCCUCCCUCCACAGCGUCCUGUUCCGCCCCGACCCGUGUUUGUGGCGUGCUGCACUCCUCUACUACACAGCAUACAAGGCAUCGGAGAUGUCGCUCAAAGAUCUGUUCCGAGACCUAGGUCAGUUUGUCCAUGACCCUGACGUCAGGUGGGACUACUGUAUACGAGCCAAGCGUGGACAGGUAGACACAUCACUUCCAGGUGGGUUUUGCAAGGACCAGGUUUACCUGGAAGGCGCUCUACAGAUCCUGAAGCGUCGACGCACAAUCAACUUUAGCCUUCUACUGAAGCUGGGGAAGAUUGCCCAUGAGGAUAUUGACAUGCUGGAGGAGUAUGCUGACCUUGAGAACACCCGGGUCCCGAGCUUCAUGUACAACAUGACCAUCUACAGACAACACGUGGACCGCAUCGCCCAGUGUAAUGGCCUCACAGACCAGGUGCUGGCUGAUGUUGACUGAUGUGGAACUCACGUGGGAGAAUCAUAUGCAGCAAAACCCCAGUGAGGCUUGUAACAAAAAAGUCCCAAUUUCUCAUGAUAUGUUAGUGACCCUUUACAUUUGUUUUCCAACUCAAAUUUCAUUUUUGCACUGUAUUCCGACUUUUUGUAACAUGCCAUUCCUUUCAUGGAGUGUCAUAUUUUUAGGGCACCAAGCCAUGGUCACCAUGGCCUCAGACCAUCUCUUCAAACUUCAAGAUGCAGUGGGCAUGGUCAGAAGAUUGGUUAAAUGGUACAUAAGAAUAAUAAUUCAUAAAUUUGAAACCUACUCAAGAAAUACAAUGGAAUCCUCACUCCCUAUUAAGUGCCCAUUCAGUUUUGAAAAAGUCAUAAGAAGCAAGUAUAUUUUGUAACUGGCCAAACUUCACCAACAGGUGGGGACACUUAGAGUUAUACUAGUCCACAGCUCAUUUGGACUUGUGUUUAAUUAGCUUAAAUUCUUUGAGGAAAGGCGAAUUAGUCCUUCCAGAUUUCAAACUAGUAUAGACUAGUAGAGAUGACUAUGUUGAAGACUUUUCCUUGUUGAAGAUACCUGAGCCAUCCCAACAGAAUCCAGCUCGAUAGUCAAUAAUAAUUGAACAACAGAUAUGUUGCUCUAUUUUCAAUGGUCCACUGGACUUUGUAUUAACAUGGCUCCACUGCAUAAGAACAGUCAUUGAGAUUCAGUAUUUCUUUCUAUAGAAUUGUGUCAUGUAUGUACAUAUUUUGCUCAUUGCAUACUGUGCCAGACAAUCGUUUAGUAUUGAUUAGUUUCAUCUUCCUGAGGCAAGGGAGUUAAGUGACUAUAACUGUCCAGUUUCCACCCUUGCUGGAAUUAUAGAGUUACAUCUUGGCUGGACUGACAAGUCUGUGCAUCGUCCAAUAAAAAUCGUGUAACAAAAUCGCGUACAGUUCGUAAACUGCUGAUUUUGGUUGAUUGCAGGAUUUGCAAACCAUGUGUACUGCCAACACAGCAUCAACAGAUAUUUUCUAUAUCUUUUCAUGCUUUUAAUCAAGGUACUCACGGGAUUUGAUGCACUUCGUGAAGUAAGAACGUUUUUAUCAGAUCAGACCUCCUUGACUGUGCGCUGCCAUUUUGUUUGAACCAAAUGUGCAUGAUAUGAGAGGUGGAAUCUGAUUGGUCAACAGAAGGUACAUAGAAGGUACAUAACUCACUGAUGGUGCUAAGAUCGAGCCCAGAAAUUCCAGCCUAGUUCGACAAGGGUGGAAACUGGACUUUUACAGUCAGUUAACACCCUUGCCUCAGAGAGAUGGAUUAGUUUAACACUGAUACAGGCUAGUUAGUUGGAAGAAUCACUUAAAAUGAAAUAAUAUAAGUAUUCGUGUUGGUCACUAGAUGUUCAGAUAUUUUGCUGGAUGUGAUCUUCAGGUGAUACAUUGAAUCUCAUACGGUAGUUAUUAUUUUACAGAUACCAAGGCCAGUGUCCACAUAUGGGAAGAUUACAAUAUCUGUUGAUAAUAAUGUCUGUUGGAAUACAUUGGUUUAUGCCUUAAAAAACAUCUGUGAUUAAAGUUAAUUCGAAAUGGAAACAUUGCAAAAAUCAACCUGAAAUUUGACAAAUCGAUUUGUUUAUCAAAUGUCCAUCAAAUGGAAAUAGUCUUUUUCAAAAGAAUAUAACAUUGUUUCAACUUUUAACAGCAUUCACAUAGACUCAAAAUGUCUUUGAGAUUUUGUGUGAUUAUUCUUACUGUUUCACACUGGAUAUAGAAAUUUUUACACAAUCUAAAAAUCAUCAUUUCACAAUUCUUAACUUGAUAAGGUGAUACAUGUUGCUAACACAAUAACACGAUUACUUUGUUUCUGUCAAAACCUUGAAUUUUAAGGAACGUAUGAAAAUCCCCCAAAGUGCCAGUUCUACACACUCUUCAUUCUUCUGAGGAAAUGUAUCAUGACGCCUUUAUAAUGUAUCAUGUUUACGCAGAGGCAAAAUCCUUACAGUGUAGCUUCCGGUGAAAUCUCUUCUUGCAUAUCUCCAGGGCUAGCAAUUUGGUAAACCUACACUAAUUCUUGGAUCCAUUCCAGUGGUUCUCGCAAUCUCGAAUUACCUGCCCUUGUUUUUUAUGACCAUUUUACCGACCACUUGAAGGUCGAGAUAACAAAAAGGGAAAUGGGUAAGGGAGGUGGACAUGAUGACAUGCUUUCCAUCAAAAUGAUUUUUGAGGGGUUUCUUGUAUCUUUUACGUCUCAGCCUGUUUUUGAAUGUUGAAUUUCUCACAGAUUCUAUCAAAGGGACUGGCCGCCAUGUUGUUGGUAAGGCCAACCCAACAUUAAGGCUGGUUUGUAACCCACAUUCUGACUGGUCCAUUAACCGAGAAGCGUAGCAAAUGAAAAUCAAGGGUCGUGUUAUUUGAGAUCGUGAGAACCACAGGAAUGGUUGUAGUAGGUUUACCAACAUGUGAGCCCUGGAGAUAUUGAGGAUUGUAAAGCCUUGGCUGGGAAUGGAGUCUAAAUUUGGUCAGUUGUCCAUGUAAGUUAAUUUCCCCCUGAAUUUGAACACCUUCGUACCUGCAAUGCGGGUGGUGAUUUGCCACACAGACACAUCGCCGCAGUGCAUGAACUGUCUUGCUGUGCAACAUAUCGUAGUUCAGGGUGUUGAAGUUUGAACACCUGGCAAGGUGGCAAAGCAAGGAAUCCAAGUGCGUAUUGUCUUUACGUCAGCAUCAAAAGGUGCUUUGAACAUGUUCAUAUGACAUGAACAUAUGAACACUGUCUACCUCUGUUCACAGAAGUUCCCUUGAGCAUGUGUACAGUUAACAUCAUAACGUGCACCCUCCCUUUAAUCAUUGCUCCGUAUUGAUUUGGAGCAGUUAUUACAUAGAUUAUGGUUCUAUAAUGUAUAGUAGAACGUGUUUGAAUUGUUUCUAGGUGUUAUGUCAUUGUGGACACCUAUGACACCUAUUGACAAUUAUUGAACAAUUCUAGCUAUUUCUAAAUCUCCUUUUUCAGCACAAUAAAUAGCCAAGAAAACAAUCAAAUUGGUAAUACAUGUAUACCGUAUCCAACAUAUUAAGCGCUGUACUUAAAAUAAGUAAUUUUUAUAUAAGUGCCCCCUACGAAGACCAAAAACUAAAAAAAACAGUCCAUUUUUCUUGUGUAUUUUACAGAUAAUUUAAAGAAAACCGCAGCGUGAAAUUGGUAUAUUAUUGCCUAGCAACUGUUAAAGAAGAACUGUUAGUUUCCCCAUUGUUUGUUCAGUACCAUUCAGUCCACAAAUUUAAGCUGCUGUUUAUGGUUUUAAUAACCUCCUCUUUUGUCAAUUUUCUAAGCUUAUUACAGUGAGUACUGUAAGUUUUAUUAGGUUCUAGUUAUAAAGUACUCUUUCCUUAUUGCAUUUUCUCAUUACUACAGUUUGAAAACAGUUCACAAUAUCUGCCCAAGCAUACAAUACUCACACCAGAACAAGCUCCUAUGGUGUAACGACACUAUGAGAUUAUAUACCAGUAGCUCAAAUGAGCCCAAAAGCCUGGGUUACACAGAUGUGUCAAUAACACAAACAGAUUUGCUUUCCUGUCGUCGCAUAGUGGGUAAAGUGUAUUAAUCUUCCCAAUAUACAUGCUUUUUGUAGCUGUUAUUGAGCAUCUUGAGAGCCAGUGUUAUGUUAAAAUCUUGAGACAAGUGAGACACGAUUCCGUUUGCUGAAUAGAGACUGAUCAUUUAUUCAAGGAGAGUGUCAUGAAAAUAUGACAGAGUGAAAGGGGGUCGUCAAUAUUUAUCACAAUUAUAUCGGAGGGAGGGGCAUGAAAAAUGUCACAGUUGUAUUUUUUUUCAAAUAAUAUUCUACACAGCUGUGUUUUUUGGGGUGGAAAAGUGUGCACUAUACUCAAGAAAAU